UUUACCAACUAUGGAAUUGGACGAUUUACUUCAAAAUUCGAAACAUCGUACAAAAAUAAUAAUUGGCCUUCUCCAUCUGCGUCUACUGAUGUCUCUUUGUCUGGCUCCAGCGGCUCGUCUUCAACUGCUGCUGCUUCCUCUCGCUCUCCUACUCCCACAGAUGAAAUUUCUCGUAUGGAAGAAAAAUUAAAAUCUUCCGCGAUAACUAAUUCUCUAGACUUGCAUAAUCUCACAGUGCCGACUGCACUUAAGGCUACAGGACUGGCUCUACGUGAUUGGUGGAAAGAUGAAUUGGACCAGAGACAUGUGGAUGGUAAACUCACCCGAUUUGGGUGGAAGGUUCAAUUUGUAAGUCCAUUCAAUUUAAUUACAGGUCGCGGAAUUCAUUCAGAAGGUGGAAAAUCAAAGAUAAGAAUAGCUGUCAAAAACUACUUGACAAGAAAUAAUUAUGUCUUUGAAGAAUAUUCUGGGCGGUUUGAAAUUGAAGGUAAACGGUAG